UUCACUUUAAUCUGAAUAAACAGAUAAAGAUUGAUUUACGUCUAAUUUAUGUCUUUAGGUGUGCAUGCAUGGUUUUCAACUGAUGGUUAAGUGUUUCUUACGACAUACGUUUCUCUUUAUUUAGGCUCUGCUGCUCCUACAGCUCUUUUUGAUGGGGCAAAAGAACACCGCGUUCCCUCUGCAGCUGCUGUGCUGAGGGAAAGCCACCUAUUUGAGAUGGCAGGCCGAAUGAUGGGUCAUUCUUUUCUGCAUGGUGGUUUUGGCUUCUCAGGACUUAGUUUGCCUGUGUUGACGCUGUUGACUGGUGGGAGCAUUGACACUGCAGCCUCAGCUCUGACCCUGGAGGACUGUCCUGAUACUGACUAUCGUGAAACAAUUGGUUUGCUCAAGAAUGCUGAACUUAGUGCAGCAGAGACCAGCAGAGUGACUGACCUUUGCCUGUCCUGGGAUCUUCCAUUACCAACCUCCACCAAUCACAUCUGGCUGUUCCAAGAGCUACUUUCACAUGCAGUACUUCACCGCAUUAAACAGCCAGUGAAACAGAUCCGGAAAGGCCUUAAAGAAACAGGAAUCUGGCCACUUCUUGUAGAUCGGUCAGAUGUCCACCACAUCAUUUUCCCAAGGGAGUCAAAGGAGGAGCUUGACCCACAGGUGAUCGAGAGUAUUACCUGGCCACAACCAAACUAUGACAGUGACGAGGACGGUGACGACAUUCCGUUGGAGAAAGUCAGUCUCGUCACUGGCUUCUUGAGGAAAUUCAUAGAGGAAGCAUCACCAGAGACGCUACAUGGGCUUAUGAAGUUUUGGACGGGGUGGGAAUGACCCACAGGAAGCCUCAGUGUUGAGGUCGGAACCCCAUGUUACCCAGUGGCUCUCACCUGCUUCCUGAAACUGAAGCUCCCAAGUCACUACCUCUCCUACACAAGCUUCCACCAGGACAUGAUGAUGGCCCUUGGCUCAAUCAGUUCAGGCUUUGGACUUGUAUAGAUGGGUGUGAAACUGCUGGUGCUUUUAGACAUUUGCCUUAUUUUUUUUUUUUUUAAGUUUCAUGUUUGUGUCAGCUGUAUAGGAUUCAUGUUAAUUCACUGCUGAUGUUAACAGUAUAUUUCCCAUUUUGUCAGAGGCAUAAUCUGUGUUCUUGCACAAGUUUGCAAUAUUGUUGUAAAAUUCAGUGAGGCUGAAGUGAUGUCUAGACUGAUGGUUAUUAUGUGUGUUCUGUGUUUAAGCU